UUGAAGAUAUCCUUUGCAUAUUGGACUGGACAAUAACAGAUCAUUGCUGCUAGGUUCUGAUGGGGAUGAGUAAGAGAUACUUACAGAAAGCAACAAAAGGAAAACUGCUAAUAAUCAUAUUUAUUAUAACCUUGUGGGGGAAAGUUGUAUCCAGUGCAAACCAUCAUAAAGCUCACCAUGUUAAAACAGGAACUUGCGAGGUGGUGGCACUCCACAGAUGCUGUAAUAAGAACAAGAUAGAAGAACGGUCACAAACAGUCAAGUGCUCCUGCUUCCCUGGGCAGGUGGCAGGCACCACGCGAGCUGCUCCAUCUUGUGUGGAUGCUUCAAUAGUGGAACAAAAAUGGUGGUGCCACAUGCAGCCAUGUCUAGAGGGAGAGGAAUGUAAAGUUCUUCCGGAUCGGAAAGGAUGGAGCUGUUCCUCUGGGAAUAAAGUAAAAACAACUAGGGUAAGUGAACAGCCAGCUUGGGAAAGCAAAAGUGUCUCUGAGUUGAUGGAGAAUGUGUGCGUGUGCAGUAACCUCAUCAAUAUGAUUGUGGAAUAA